AAAGUUAAUAACCACAAAGUCUUAAUUAGAUUCACGCAGGCCCCACCUAGAACCCCCAACACAGCAGUUUCUUCCUACUAUUAAAAAGCAAAGCUCACGGGUAACUUCCAUUCCCUCCCACAAAGAUGGAAACUCUCUCUGCAAAUUUUGAUCUUGGAUCAUCAAUCACCAAACCUUUGAUAAAACCCACUUCAAAAUCAUUAUUUUCUUGUAAAUUUCCAUCCAUAUAUCGGGGUAAAACACCAAGAUUUAGUGCCCAGGCUUUCGGCAGAAAGGAGCCUCCUAUUGCACAGUUGAAGAAGAAGAAGGAUUUUCUAGGAGAGAAUGAAAAUUUGGUGAAAUGGGUAAGGAAAGGAGUUAUUGGAUUAGCUGCUGCUUUGUCCUUGUGUCAGUCUCCAGCUCUGGCUGAGUCUCUAACUGUAGCAUUCCCUGUCUCUCACACACCUGAGGUAAAUACAGUUCAGAGGACCUUAGUUGAGGCUUGGGGUUUGAUUAGAGAGACAUUUGUCGAUCCAACUUUCAAUCAUCAAGGUUGUGGAUGUAGCAAAGCAUGUGCCACACCAUGGACAUCAACUAAUUGGGACUUGAAACUGCAACAAACGAUGGUAGAAAUGUUCCCAUUGAGGUCAGAAGAUGCUGCCUAUAGCAAAGUCAGGGGAAUGCUAUCUACGCUUGGAGAUCCAUAUACGCGCAUUAUUAGUCCUAAGGAGUACCAAACUUUUAGAAUAGGAAGUGAUGGAAAUUUACAAGGUGUUGGCCUCUUCGUCAGUGUUGAACCAAAUACAGGGCACCUGGUUGUUUUGUCCUGUGUUGAGAAUAGCCCAGCUGCACGUGCUGGUAUUCAUGAAGGAGAUGUAUUGCUUCAGAUAAAUGGUGAGAGGCUUGACGGAGUUGACAGUGAAACAGCAGCUCAAAAACUGAGGGGCCCAGCUGGUACAAUUGUUACAGUCAAAGUUCACAGAGGUAAUGGUACAGGAGUAUCUGGUUACCAAGAGGUUAAACUACCUCGUGAAGUGAUUAAGCUUUCACCAAUAUUCAGUGCCAUCAUCCCUCAUAAAAUGCCCGAUGGUCGUCUCUUGAAAACUGGAUAUGUAAAGUUGUCAAGCUUCUCUCAGUCUGCUGCCACGGACAUGGAAAACACAAUUCAGGACAUGGAAAAUCAGGGCGUGCAAUCAUAUAUAUUAGAUCUUCGGAAUAAUCCUGGAGGUCUGGUUACGGCUGGGUUAGAUGUUGCCCAGAUAUGGCUUGACGGCGAUGAGACACUUGUGAACACUAUUGACAGAAAUGGGAAUAUGGCGCCAAUUAGCAUGGUCAAUGGACAUGCUGUAACCCAUGAUCCACUCGUCGUCCUUGUGAAUGAGGGAAGUGCAAGUGCUAGUGAGAUUCUGGCCGGGGCACUCCAUGAUAAUGGCCGUGCAAUCCUUGUCGGGCAUAAGACUUUUGGUAAAGGAAAGAUACAGAGUGUUACACAGUUGCGCGAUGGAUCAGCUCUAUUUGUUACAGUAGCCAAGUAUUUGUCUCCAGCACUUCACGACAUCGAUCAAGUGGGAAUAACACCUGAUAUUCAGUGUACAGUUGAUAUGCUUAAUUCACCCAAAGACACUAUCAAGGAAAUCAGUGCAUCCUCAUCGUCUUUGGAGGCUGAUUCUUGCAUCAUAGUUGCUGAACAUGAAUUGGAUAUUCAAGAAUCGGAGGGCUCUGCUUCGUGACUACUAGUUAGGAAUACCAAUAGUCUCAUGUAUUCCUAGCAUACUCAUUGUGUAGUAGGAGAUUCAAAAUGGUAGGCGUGGUUUAUGAAUAUGAAUCAUGUUGUGUAUAAGGUAAUAUUUGCCCUUGGAAAUUGAGGAGAAAAUAACUAGUUCAACGAAGAAA